UGUGGUUGGUGAGUUUGCUACAUCGAUGACAUAGAAACAUACACCAGAAACAGUGAAUUGUUACAAAAAGUAGAACAUGUUUGGGGAAGUGGAGCAUGAGCUAGAGCUGCACGUGCCGGCACGUGAGGCUUGGGAUCUGUUUGGUGGCCUUGAAAUAGGAAAACUCGUUGGUCGAGAGCUUCCGGAACUCUUUCAAAAGGUGGAACUUAUUGAAGGAGAUGGAGGCCUUGGCACUGUUCUCAAACUCACUUUUGCACAAGGUGUACCUGGGCCAAGUGGUUACAAAGAGAAGUUCACAAAGAUUGAUAAUGAAAAACGCAUAAAAGAAACAGAGGUAGUAGAAGGAGGGUACUUGGAGUUAGGAUUCACUCUGUUUAGAGUUCGUUUUGAAGUGAUAGAGAAAGGUGAAGAAUCGAGCAUAUUCAAAUCCACAAUCGAGUAUGAGGUCAAAGAAGAGAACGCCUCCAAUGCCUCACUUGUUUCUGUCCAGCCAUUGGUCACCAUAGCUCAACUUGCCAAAAAUUACCUAAACAAAAACAAGCAUGCAAACUAGUUAUCAUUUCCUCCUAAAUAAUCUAAUAACACUUUGCUUCCUGCAUUUAUGUUUCAUCAUUUCAUGUAUCCCUCUCUUCUUUCUAAGAUGAUUUGCAUAUAUACUAUGAAAUGUGAAUUGGGUGAUAUCA